UUUCCAGGCAAGAGUACUGGAGUGAGGUGCCAUUGCCUUCUCCAAUUACAGAGAAAGCAGCUAAUAAACAUUUGCUAAACGUUUGAAUGAACGAAAGCGUACAUAGAUAGCACCGCCGUGCGGCUUUCCAUACUAGCAAGAUUCCUCACUUCCCACCACGCCCCCGCCAAGAGUUUGCCAGGACAUAUGUCCAACCACAGAACAUUUUAUUUAACUCUUUAUUUUAACACGGCGAUCCAUCACUGGGAAACGAAGAUAAAACAAUGUAAAGUUUAUUAUUAUUAUUAAGCAAAGAUGACAUGACUCGAGUGAGCGUGUCCAGCAUGCCCUAUUUUAAGCUUGAAAAAUAAAUUGAUUACACUAAUAGCAGGCUCCGGAAAGAGAAAGACCUCCCCUUCUCCCGCCACCCUGCAUAUCCCGGGCGGUCUUUUGAGAUGCCACACCCAAAGCGCCUGAACUCAAAGAAUCUCUCCUCGCGGCAAGGCAGAGGCAGCGCAGAGCGAAGCAGGUCGCAGGCUCCCAGGCGCAUCUGGACGGCGUUGGCGACCGCACUUCCACGGGCAGCUGGGGAGCAUCCUCCGCCAGGAACACCUGCUCAGAGGCGACUCGGGUGGUUACCCCGGGCCCGCGCAGGCCGGGGAGCGUGCGGCCGAUACUUACCGGUUGGGGAUACAAUUCUAAACCAGGACGAGAGAUGUGGGGCUGUCACGAUCCAGGCCAGCCCGCUUUCAGAUCUCUUCCAGAACAGCCACCAGGGCAACUGCGGCUACUGAGGCACAAGCUCAGCGGCGGGUGAUCAAAACCCGCGGCUCCCACCAGGCACGCUAGGCUGAGACGAGGGUGAGUCCCAAGCCCUGACAGCCAGGUGAGCAGAAGUAGCGCACCGAAGAUUCCGGAAGAUUCAGGCUCGGCGCGCGCUCCCGCCAGGCUGGCUGAGAGGCCACAUCGCGCAUGCUCCUGGACCGCCUAGACUUUCAGCCCCGAGGAGGAAGAGCUCCGCAGGCUUGGGGUGCGCGGGGUGUAGACGUCGCGAGCGGUGCGAGGCGGUUGGUGACAGCUCAGAGUCCGUGGUGAACUGCGCGUCCUGACUUCGCCGCCCAGGCAUAGCAGAACUGCACCGACCAUCCAGAAAGUGGAAAUGAGAGAAGCAUCAUGAAAAAGAUUUCAAAGAGAAAAGAAGAUAUUUUCAGAAAGAUGUCAGAAGACACAGAUAACAUUGCAGUAGAAGAAAAUGUAGACAAGCAUCUUCCAAAAGAUUUGAAUAUAGAAGAAAAUCGAAACAUAAUAGAAACUCUGAGAGGCAAAGUAAGAGAAAAGCUAAAAAAUGCCAAGAUUAAUCAAGGUGAAAAAUCGUCAACUCAACUGCUCAUUGAUAAUAAGGUAUAUCAGUGGUCUAAGGCUGAAGUUCCACUGGAUGAAGGUCUUUCAUUUUUCAUUCUGAGUGGUGAAGAAGACUCAGCUAUAGGCCAAUCUGCAGAGCAGAACUUUGCUGAGGGCCAAGAUGAAGAUUUUGUGGAAGAAGUCAUUUUCCCAGAUUUACUUGAAGUAAAGGCUGCUGAUUAUGAAGAUGACCAAGAACAAAUAAAAAAACCACAGGCAAAUAUUUUUGUUCCAAGUAGUUCUCCAGUGAUCAACCAGCUUAAACUGCCAGAAGAUAUGAUGCCACGCAUUUUAGAAGAAGAAGGAUUCUAUAUUCAGAAAAAGCCAGAAAUAUAUAAAAAGACCUGCAACAAAAUGGAAAAUCGUCUGCUUAAACUAGAAGAGGGAAAGUGUUGGUUUGAAGAAAGUGGAGAAAUAAUGUCAUUACCUUCACCUAUUAGACGGUCAUGGAAUUUCAGACUAAACAUAAGCAAGGAACCUUUAAAUCCAGCACUGACGACCAUGUAUAGAAAGGCAGUGAAAUCUGAUCUAGAAAGCUCUAUUAGGAACAAAAUGGAAGGUCAAAGGGAAAUGUACCAAUUAGAUCUCAAUAUAGUGGGUUUGCAAUUCAGUCAUCAUCCUCUCUUCAAUCAAGAACAAGUAUUAUGUGCUAGGCUGCUCCAACUUUAUGAGUGUUUUCAGGACAGGCAGCAACAGAAUUUACCACAGCUGCUUUAUGAGAAGCUUAAAGCACUGAUGGAUGCUACCAAAUUAGCAAAUGAAAAUUCGGAAAUAAGCCAGCUGACCAGAAAAUCUUUGCAGGAUUAUUAUCGGCAGAUAAGUGAUACAAAACAACUCUAUGAGUUAGAAAAGGAAAAGGACUUUUCCCUGCUACACAGUAUAUUAAGGACUUGGAAACAGAUAAAAUCCCUUCGACAACGACAAGGGUUUACAAGCACUUCAGUAAAGUUACAGUUUCAGAGGUUGAAAAUGAAUAAAUGUGAUGAACAAAAACAAGAAUUGUCAAAAAUGCCUGGGACUGAGAAGAAAACUGAAGGAAAAGCAUUUAAGAACAGGAAGAAACAGGAGAGCUUCUCAUAUUUAGCUUCAGAAUUUGAAGAAACAGAUACUGAAAUAGUAAAUCCAAUUACCAUGAUACCACAACUUUCUUUCACAGCAGAAUUAACAAACUUAUCUAGAUGUUCACUGUACGAACAAAAGAGGAGAGCCAAAAUUCGAAAGCUUAAAUAUUUUAUUAAAAUCUUAUACAACGAUAAACAGGUUUCUUGCACUUCAGUAUCUCCUCUACAGUUUGAUUUUAAAGUCAUGUUUCAGCAAAUUUUCAAUAUUCAGUUAAUAUAUUGGCCUGAAACAAUUUGCUUGGAGGUUUAUGAAAUAAGUAAAAGGGCGUGCUUAUUGGCAAAACUAUAUUUACCCUUACCUAACAGCACAGAGUUGAAAAGCAAAACUAUUUUGGAAUAUCUAGAAUUUAGCUCUGAUAAACUGGUCAUACCUGCAUAUGGAGAAGUAGGAAGCAAUGUGCCCUUUCUUCUUGAGGAAAAUGGAACUGAAGAACUUUGUCUUUUGACGUCAGGAAAACUAAGCUAUUCUCUGUCGUGGGCCCUAGAUGAGAACGGUGCUCCUCCGCCAGCGGUGCCUCAGUCACGAUCUGCUUUCUGCAGUGUGUUAAGGAAUGUAGAUGCAAGAGGUGUUCCUGAAACUCCAUGGCUUAUUAAUGCACAGAAGCUUUUUGAAUGGGCCAAUGAGGUCAGAAUUGACCCAAAUAACCCAGAAUGUUCUGAUUUAAUGGAAUUUAUUAUGUACAUAAAACAUAAAGGACAGGAUAUCCCAAAGUAUUUUCGUCUUGAACAGUUGCAAGAUGAAUUUAACUUUGUUUCUGAAGAAGAAAUGAAAAAGAGUAAACGUUUCCAGCUAUUGCAACUUAGAAAUGCUGGACAAUUAGAUGUUUUCCUUCUGCAGCAAAUGCCCCUUUAUGAUAGAGAGAUUCCAGAUUUAGUCUUCCAGGAAUAUGAAAGUCAGAUAGAAAAGGAUAUGUCCAUUUCGGAUGUGAAUUCUAUUACUGCACAAAGGAUUAAUUCUGCCAAUUUUCUGAAAAAGAUGAGAAGGUUGGUAAUGAGAAGAAUUGUCAAAGUUAGCAAAUUUAACUUAUCAGAUAUUGUGGCUGAUUAUGAAGAAAUUGUAUCUGCAAGCCAGUUGAUAUAUGCAGUUUGUAAGCUUCUUGAACAACGAAGAAAGUUAAAGCCUCAGAGGAAAGAAAGGAAAAAAGUGGCAGUACAGACUAUCUGUGAUAGAGAUAUUAAGAUUCUUAUCAGAAUACUGAGAGCUUAUAAUAUUCCUACAAGGAAAACAACAGUUAAUAGGUCCUUGGAUAUGCCUACUUAUUUGAUAUCAUCCAUGUCUCGCCUCAGACAUAAAGAAACAAUCAAAUCAUUAGCCUCAGAUGAAGUCUUAAAUGAGGAUACUGUACACCCCUUUGUGGAAGUUUCCUUUCAGCACACUGUAUACCAAACCAGCGUUGCCAGUGGAUCUCAUCCAUGCUGGAACGAAGAAAUUAAAGUAGAUUUUAUCUUACCAGGACAUGAUUGUAACUUCUCAAGUUUAUCUAAGAUAAAAGAUAAUAUAUAUAUCAACAUUUUUGAUGAAAUGAUUAUUGAAAAGCAUGAGGAUCGCUGUUUCAAGAGCUGUAGUGGUCAUUCAUAUAUAAGAAAGAAUUGGCUUGGAUCCAUUGUCUUCCCUUUCUCUGCUCUCCUACAACAAUCUGAGAUUAGUGGAACAUUUCAAGUAAAUAUUCCACCUGUUUUGCUUGGGUAUACUUGGAGUAAGACUUAUGUGUCUCCUAAAGAAGAUUAUAAUGGACAGAAUUUAAAAGAAUGUACCUUCUUAAAUAUUUUUGCUACUAUUGAACCUCAAAUAUCAUAUGCCAUCUGUAGUCCAGAACUAGACAAGUUUUCAGAUCAAAUAGACAUUUUGGAGAGAGCACGGAUUUUUACAAAAAAUUGUAAGGCAUUGUUUCCUAAACGAAGAAUCACCACUACUGUUUUUAAUGAUGAAGGGAUACAGAUCUUAGUAAUAAGAUACAUCAAAGCAUUGAAUCCACCUCAACAACUCCUGGAUAUGUUUCUUCAUGAUUCUAAUGCAAGACUUGACCUUGUUGCUCACUUUGUAUCUUUGAUUCCUAUUAUGCCUGAGGCACUGGAUGAAAAUGAUGGUUUUGAUAUAUGGAUGACAUCAGAGCGCUGCAUCAGUUUAGCUAUUGGAAACAAGGAGGAGCAUGCCAUACUUCUCUGUAAUUUCUUCCUGUAUUUUGGGAAGAAAGCUUUGGUCCUUCUAGGAACCUCAGUGUUGGAAGGGCACGUGGCUUAUGUAUUAACUCAGGAAACUGAUGAAUAUUUGCUUUGGAAUCCAUUAACUGGACGGUGUUAUAAGCAAUUUGACCCAUUUUGUCCAUUACAAGGUGUAGAUUGUUUGUUUGAUGGUGAAAACGUCUGGUUUAAUCUUCAGCAGAAUAAUUCACCAAUGGCUGUGUAUUUUGACUAUUCAAAGGAAAGUUUCUGGAAACAAUUGCUUCCAAAAAAUUAUCAAGGAACAAACACACAAAGCAUUCAGCCUGAAGAAAUAAUUUAUUCUGAUACUAAUAAGAGCAUGGUAGAAGAUCUAAAGAACAGGAUUGAAAGAACUCUGAAGUGUAAAAUAAUGGAAUGGCGGCCUAAACAGCCCACACGUUGGAAUAGACAGUGUACUCUCAUUUUACGACAGAUUCUUCCUAAGUUAGAACUUGGUACUGGAAGCUUUGUUUCAUCUGAAGAAGAGAGUGAAUUUGAAAGACUACUACAAUUUUAUUGGGUCACAGGAUUUCCUAUCCAGAUGCCAUACACUGAUGUACAGUCAGUCAUUGAUGCUGUGUAUCAAACUGGAAUUCAUUCUUCUGAAUUUCCACAGACAGAAUUUGCUCUAGCUGUGUACAUUCACCCCUACCCAAACAACAUAUUAUCUGUGUGGGUCUAUUUGGCUUCAUUAGCUCGACAUCAGUGAAAAGGAAAAAGAUAGAAGGAGAAGAUGGUACAUGGGCCCCCAACCAGAAGACAGAUGUUUCUGAUGCUUGGGAUUUUUCUGUUUAUCCUCAAUUCCAGACAAGCAUGAGUCCAAUUUUUGGCUCACUUAUAGAGUAGGGGACAAGACUCACUGCCUGAGUUUCUGGAGACAAGUAUAAAUGACCUCCUCAUCAGAGACCUCAUCGAGGAGGACCCUUUGGAAAGUCUGGCUCCUGGGGUCACUGUCUACAGUAGGUUUAUUCUGGGAAAGAAACAAUUCUGGCCUCUUUCUAAAGCCAGUGUUGCUCUACCGCCUCCAUCAAAAUCACUUGGAAAGCUUAUUGAAAAUGCAAGUUCCCAUAUCCCAUCCAGGACCUACUGAAUCAGGAUCUCUGAGAGUACAGCUCCAGAACCUACAUUAUUUAAAACAAGCUUCCCAGGCAAUUCUCUUAACCAGUUAAGAAUGAGAACCCUGCCUUACAGAAUGCUGUCAUUACUAAAGUGAGGCUGAUAACUUUGAUGAUGGUUCUGAUGGAAUUCCAGGCAGGAGUUAUUCAAAUAGAAACCCAUGAGAUAAAAGAUUAUUUCACUGGUUAAGAAUAAGAAGGAAAUAUGCCAUGUUGGGUUAAGGACAGCUUCAGAGGGCUUCUUAAAAGUUUUCUCUUUAUAUACUACUGACCUAAAGUCAUUUCACCUCCAAGUAUUUAGAAGGGACUCUCAGGAAACACUACCUAAAUUCUUUCCUAAUUUUGUGAGAAAGGGAGAUAAAGGUCUUACCCGAAUCUCAGAGUCCUCUUUAACUUAAUGAGCAGCUCCCCAUUCUGCCUCUGGCACUUUCUGCUGCUUUUCUUUUACAGUGGUGCCCCAAGGAGACCCCUCCAGGGCCUCAGGAAAGAGUGGAUAGGGAUCUAAGUAGAAAACACUGUACUUUAUUGUAUUUGAUUGUUCUGCACUUCAUUGAGAAAAGUAUUCAAAUAGUUUAUUUAAAUGUUACAUAACAACUUAUUUUUUAAUCAAAGGAUAGAUUUCCAAAGGUUCAUGAGAGCAAUUUUAUAUGAGGUUAAAGUAAGAAAAAGAAGCUUCACUUCUCCCACUGUAGUAGCACUGGGGCUCCUUGAAUCACUCCCAGAGAAGCAGAGAGCAAAAACCCCAAAUUCAUCCUCAGGGAACCCUCAGCCUAAGUCCCCUCUCCCAAUAUAUCUGCAGAGGCCAGAGAAGACCUCAUUUAUUUGCAGGAUGUUAGUCUCAGACCAAACUCAAGAUUACUAGAAAGAAAGGGUAUGUAGGUAAAGAGAAUGUUUUUCCUUCAAGGUUAACACUUUAUUAUGUAUGUCUUCUGCCAUGCAUCAGAAAAAUGAUCAGAAUUGUUUUUAUUUGAAUGUUUGUGUUUAAAUGCUGUAGGAGGUUUUGUUAUUAACAAGUUUCCCACAUCAAUUGGGGUAGCACAAAAAUGAUAUCUGUGGAAAGACAAGUUUGCCAAAUAAAGGCUGAAUUCAUGCAAUUCA